UGGGUUGCCAUGCCCUUCUCCAGGGGAUCUUCCUGACCCAGGGAUCAAACCCACAUCUCCUACAUCUCCUGCACUGGCAGGCAGAUUCUGUACCACUAGUGCCUCCUGGGAAGCCCAACUAUGCACCUAGUAUCAUAUCAUACCAGAGAUAAGGCUGAUGUCCUCAGACAGUACAUGGAUCAUUGGUAGUCAGUGAUUAACCUAGUGAAUAGCAUAAAAUAUUGGGGAAUAUUGGGAAAACUAACAGAUUUCUCUGGACAUGGUUUAUCUUGCCCUUCUGAGAGACCGGUAGAUCUAGAUGAGAUUAGUUUAGAAAAGGGGUCUCAUUUAGUUCAGAGAAUCGUCAGAGUCCAGUAUAGCUCUGGGUUAAUCAGAGACUAAAGAACCUUUGUAAAGAGAACUAGGCUUGGGAAUCAAGCAGUCUUCUUUUGAAUUAGCAUGUUUUAGUCAAAGGUAUGGAAUUAAUGAUAAGCAUUGGUUAGGAAUUUCUGUAAUGUCCUCCAAUGCCAAGUGACCACUAACAUCCUAUUUCCCACUAUUCCUUGAUGAGAGGUAGAAAGUGUAAAGAAUAUUCCCAGCUACAAAAUAAAGUGUACUCCAAUGCCUAUGAAUCCUAAGAUAAAUAUGUUUUAAAUAGAAGAAACCCGCUGAAUCAAAUGAUGGCUAAGCAGAGCAAAUGCAGUCUACAUAAAACUAAGAUAUUGAGAUCUUCUUUGAGGAUGUCGCUGAGUGUCUCUGGGACAUACUCAGCAGAGAGGAACUGCUUCUCCUGCUGACUGAAUUCCUGAGGAAAAUUGAGGCGAAGGCUGGUUUGUCCAGGAAAGACAUGAAUGCACUACAUGGAUAUCUGAAUGAAUUGAAAAGAGACUUGGCUGGGAAGGACCAAGAAACGCUCCCAAAAGAGCAGCUGGAUAGGAAGAGGUUUCUGAAGAAGUUUCCUCGGGUGACGCAGCAGCUGGUGGAGCUCAUAAGCAAGCUCCAGGAGCUUGCAGACAAUGUAGACAAAGUCCACAGGGACUGUACCAUCUCCAACGUGGUGACCCACAGCACCGGCGCUUUAUCUGGCGCCCUGACCAUCCUUGGCCUGGCUCUGGCACCCGUGACAGCCGGGGCCAGUGUGGCGCUCUUAGCCACUGGGAUAGGGCUGGGAGCAGCAAGUGCUGUGACGGCUGUGUCCACCAGCAUCGUGGAACAUGUAAGUAGGUCAUCAGCAGAAAACAAAGCCAGUCAAUUGAUGUCAAUUGCUGUCAAGAAAUGGAAGGUGCUCCUAGAGGUACUCAAGAGCAACCCCCACAUUGUUGUCACAACAGAGAAAUUGGCAAAAGCCGAGAAACACCUUGAAAGAAAUAUCCAUGCCAUGGAGACAGGUGAAGCCAACCCUGACUCUGCAGCCAAUGCAAACAUCCUCGUGAGCCCUGGGAGAAUCUCAGCCCCAGCCAUCCAGCAGGUAGAGGCAGCUUUGAAAGGCACGGCUUCGGCAGUUACCAAAGGAGCCCGAAUCGUGGGUGGGGCCACUGCAGGUGUCUUCCUCCUGAUGGAUGUGAGCUUCCUGGUGAAGGAGUCAAUGCACCUGCAUGAUGGUGCAAAGACAGCAUCAGCUGAAAACCUGCGGCAGCGGGUCAGGGAGCUGGAGAGGAAGUUGGAGGAGCUCACCCAGAUCUAUAAGCAUCUGCAAGAGGACCCAACUCCACCACCCCCAGAGCACUGAGGGUCCAGGGACACAUUCAGGGUCAAGGUGCGGAGGCACCUUGUUAGGGAAAAAAGGAGAGUGAGACAAAAUUGUUGGAGCUGAGGGUUAGGAAACUGGCAUUUCUGCAGCUGAGCACUGGAGGGAAGUGGUGAAUGUAGGUGAUAGAUGGGGAGAGAGAAGGAGCCUGGAUUAAGGGAGGAAGGGGGACUAGAGAAUUGGUGGGGGCCAAGGGAGAAACCUCUUAUUUUUUUCAUACUAUGAACUUUUUGUUUUGUUUUGAGGAACAGUCGAAUAACAGUGGUGUGAUAGUUUAAGGUGAACAGUGAAGAGACAUAGCCAUACACAUACAUGUAUCCAUUCUCCCCCAACUCCCUUCCCAUCAUAAACCACUUACUUUGAACUAAAGAAGUCACUGGGGGCAGAAUAAAAGGAGAAGCAGGGGAACUAGCAACAAGAGACCAGAAAUACAAAAGGGUUGAAAAUGGGAGAUAGAGAGGUAGGAUUGUUCGGAUCCAGAAGAAGCAACAGGGGCUGCUCUAUUGCCCUUCCCAGGGUUUGAUGCCCCAUCAAGAAGAGUCUCCUCCUGGCGGUGGUCUCUAACCCUACUUCUCCAACAACUCACCUUUGAUUCCAGCAUUUUAUCUCAAUUAGGCUGUGACUUCUUUUGUCUGCUUGUUUCUUUAAUUGAAGUAGAGUUGAUUUACAAUAUUUUGUUAGUUCAGGUGUACAUCGAAGUGAUUCAGUUAUACAUAAUCCAUGUAUAUAUCUCUAUUCUUUUAAAUUUUUUCAUUACAGAUUAUUAUAAGAUACUGAAUAUUAUUCCCUGUGC